UUUGCAAACAAUUGGAAAUCAUAAUUGACUUCAAUUAAAACAUCAAGAUGGAUACGGCUAUUCCCAAAAAACAUAUCAAGACUCAAUCUACUUAUGCAUUUGAUAAUACUGCCACCACUGUAGCAGCAUCUCAAAUGCGUAAUGCUUUGAAUAAUUUAGCAGAUACUGUUACUGAUAGUGACCAGCAAUCCAGAUUUGAAAAUGAAAUGGAUUCCUUUUUCGCUUUAUUCAGAAGAUAUUUAAGUGAUAAAGCAAGUGGAUCAACUUUAGAUUGGGAUAAGAUUAAAUCUCCAUCACCAAAUGAAGUUGUUCAAUAUAACUCUUUAGAAGAUAAGAAUUUGAAUAACUUGAGUAAAUUGGCUGUUUUGAAAUUAAAUGGUGGAUUAGGUACUUCAAUGGGUUGUGUUGGACCAAAAUCAGUUAUUGAAGUUAGAGAUGGUAAUACUUUUCUUGACUUGUCAGUUAGACAAAUUGAACAUUUGAACAGAAAAUAUGAUGCCGAUGUUCCACUUUUAUUAAUGAAUUCUUUCAAUACCGAUAAUGAUACCGCCAAAAUCAUUAAAAAAUAUCAAGGUCACAGAAUUAGAGUUAGAACUUUCAAUCAAUCCAGAUUUCCUAGAAUCUUUAAAGAUUCUUUAUUACCAGUUCCAGAAUCUUUUGAUGAUGAUUUAGAAACUUGGUAUCCUCCAGGUCACGGGGAUUUAUUUGAAAGUUUGGUUCAAUCCGGUGAAUUGGAUUCUUUAUUAGCCCAAGGUAGAGAUAUUUUAUUUGUUUCAAAUGGUGACAAUUUAGGUGCCACCGUCGAUACUAAAAUCUUGGAUCACAUGAUUGAAACUGGUGCUGAAUAUAUUAUGGAAUUAACCGAUAAAACAAGAGCUGAUGUUAAAGGUGGUACUUUAAUCAAUUACGAUGGUCAAGUUAGAUUAUUAGAAAUUGCUCAAGUUCCAAAAGAACACGUUGAAGAAUUUAAAUCAAUUAAAAAAUUCAAAUAUUUCAAUACUAAUAACUUAUGGAUUAACUUAAGAGCAAUUAAAAAAUUAAUUGAAUCAAAUUCAAUCGAAUCAGAAAUUAUUCCAAAUCAAAAAACUAUCUCAAAAGGCUCUUCUGAUAUUAAUGUCUUACAAUUAGAAACCGCCGUUGGUGCUGCCAUUAGACAUUUUGAUGGUGCUCAUGGGGUUGUUGUUCCAAGAUCAAGAUUCUUACCAGUUAAAACUUGUUCCGAUUUAUUAUUAGUCAAAUCUGAUUUAUUCUAUCUUGAACACGGUGCUCUUAAAUUAGACCCAACCAGAGAUGGUUUCUCAAAUCCUUUGAUUAAAUUAGGUUCUCAUUUCAAAAAAGUUUCCGGUUUCCAAUCAAGAAUUCCUCAUAUGCCAAAAAUUUUGGAAUUAGAUCACUUGACCAUCACCGGUAACGUUAACUUGGGUAGAAAUGUUACCUUAAAGGGUACCGUCAUUAUCGUUGUUAGUGACGGUCAAAAAAUCGAUAUUCCAAAUGGUUCCAUUUUGGAAAAUGUUGUCGUUACCGGUAACUUAAGUAUUUUGGAACAUUAAAAUAAAAAAGGAAAAAAAUUAUUUUUACUCUUUAUAUCUUCAAAUAUUUAUCAAUCUUUUCUCUCGUUUAACGUAUUCAU